ACAGCUCUGGGGGCUGCUGAAGUCCAGAAUGAAGCAAAGAGCAGCAGAAGCGAGUGCUGCAGUGGGAGCGGAGGAGCCCAAGCAUCACCGAGAGCUGGAGCCGGCUGUUUUCCCUGCUGGGAACAACUGGGAGCACCCAGGGGAUCCUGCAGCCCUGUCUCCCACAGGAGACAGCCUCUGGCACUGCCACCGAGCCCACUGCCAGCCCCUGGAGAGCCGAGGAGAAGGGACUGGUGGUUGCAGCACGCAGGGCUGGGCUGGAGGGCAGCGAGGUCAGCCCUGCUAUGGUCGUGGGGGGCUAGGAGCCUGUGUGCAUCCACCGGGAAGAGGUGAAGGAUGGCUACUGAAGGAGGGAGAGCCAAGCCCCUUGCCCAGUCCAGGAUGGAGAACUUCCGAAAGGUGAGGACCUCGGAGGAGGAGAUGCCAUUACCCUUCCCAGACCUGCCCCCGGAUGUGGUGGAGAUGAAAGUGAAGGAGGGCAGCAAGAUCAGGAACCUGAUGAACUUCGCCAUGGCCCAGAUGGAGCUGAAGGGCAGGCGGCAGAUCGUGUUCAGCGGCUGCGGCAGGGCAGUCACCAAGACCAUCACCUGCGUGGAGAUCAUGAAGCGCAAGCUGGGAGGGCUCCACCAGGUCACCAAGGUACGCUACAAAACCGUGCUGGAGGUCUGGGAGAGCCAGGACCCGCCGCCCCACGGCCCCGCACAGAACCUGACUGUCCACAAGAACGUCCCCUCCAUCUGCAUCCUGCUCUCCCGGGACCCCCUGGAUCCCAACCAGACGGGAUAUCAGCCCCCCGAGCCCCGGCACGAGGCAGGAGAAGACACAUUGGGAUCCUCCAGCAAGGGGCUGAAGCGGCCGCUGCCGCCUCCCUGUGAGGAGCUGCUGCCCAAGAAGCUGCAGGUACAGGUGUCUGACAGCCCCAGGGGCACGGGGACCACCACUGGCCAGCAGGACCCCUGACCCCAGUGCCUCCCACCCCACCUGCCAGGUAUGGAGGCAGGAAUAUCCACUCAUUCCGGGGUCACUGGUGGGCUGCAGGCUCCCCCUGACCUGUUCCCACUUGCUGCUCCUUGACCCCUGCGGAUGGGGGUCCCCAGAUUUGGCAUGAGGGUUAAACCCACCAUGUCUUGGUUAUGGAUUGAAGCAGGUGAGCAUGUGGGGGGGGGAGCUGGUGACCUCUAAUUCAGCCACCCAGGGACACUGUGACCACCAGCCACAUCCUGCAGUGACUUCCAGGGAGCCAGAGCAGCCGAGGGGUGCCUGGACCACCACCACCGCUCCCCACU